UCUGCCAUCAUUUCAAGUGUCAUUUUUGUUAUCACAUUGAUCUUGGUUCGAGUCCUUUUUGUCAUAUAUUGUAGCAGCAGGCCUAUGAGCAGAAGAGCUCAAAAACCUGUUAGUACCCUCAUUAUUUUGGGAUCAGGAGGUCAUACUGCCGAGAUGCUUGAUCUAUUGGCAGUAUUACAGAAAGAUAGGUUUUACCCAAGAUUCUAUAUAGCUGCUGCGACUGAUAACAUGAGUUUGCAAAAGGCCGAGUUGCUGGAGAACUCCCUUGCAGCGGAGAAUGGAACACCGAUAACCAAUGCUGGAAAGUUCAUGAAGAUAUAUCGGAGUAGGGAAGUUGGUCAAUCUUAUAUAACCUCAAUUUGGACUACUUUAGUUGCAAUGUUACAUGCCCUAUGGCUGAUGAUUAAAAUUAGACCUGAAGUGAUACUUUGCAAUGGACCUGGAACUUGCAUUCCCAUUUGUGCAAUUGCAUUCGUAUUUAAGGUACUUGGGAUCAGAUGGUCAUCAAUUUUCUAUGUCGAGAGUAUUGCGAGAGUGAGGAGGCUCUCCUUGAGUGGACUGCUUCUGUACAAGCUGCGAAUCGCUGAUCAACUCUUUGUUCAAUGGCCACGGCUGCAACAGCAAUAUCCGCGAGCUAUCUAUGUUGGCCGUCUUAUGUAACUCAUUGGUUCCUUUAAUAUCAAUUGAGAGAAUUUUGUAUACUGAAUCCGAAACAGCAAAACAUAAUUUUGCCUUGAUGAUUGAGAAAUAUUGUUGUAUAAGCAAAUCCUUCCUUACUUUGCAAUGGGUUCAUGGACGUGGGCUUUUUGUGGCAGUUUCAUUGUUUUUAAAUUUCGAAGAUUAAUUCUUCUAAUGGAUAUGCCAAAAUUUUUCUAUA